AUGUUCCUGUUGACACCAGCCUGUCGUGAAAUCACCUCUAUCUUUUCUCUUACUCCUCCUCUCCCUCCUACUGGCAUGGACCUCCACCAGCCAUGCCGCCGCAAUCCCAGAGCGGCCCCCAGUAGUUCUCUCAAGCCUGGAAUCCCCCUGUCAUCCCGCGAUCUCAUCCCUCCCACCCUCCUGAGCAAGCGCGGAUGCGCCUUCGGUAAGAGCAUUGCCGAGGACGAGUACGACGGCGAUGAGCAAGCCUCAGAGCCCGUCUACGUGUGCAGCAGCGAAGUUCCCUCUGUGGACGAGCUAGUGGCCCAGACCCAAUCUUACGGGACCGUAGGCUCCUUGGACUCUCUCUUUUACAGCGGCCUGGACGGCGGCAACGCAAUCCCACUCGCCAAGCAAUGGUAUUGCUCCAAUGUUCCCGACGGACGUGGGGCGGUGGCCUUCGACAACAUCGUCGACAAUGACUGGUACCUCGCUCAAGCGUCUGCUUUUGCUUUGGCGCAGGUGUCUUAUUCCAAGGUGGAUCAGCCGCGUGGCUGUGCAGACGCCCAAGGCCUCCCAUUCAUUACUAUGGCCUCGUGUCGGUCGCAAGGCUGA